AUGCCUGGGAUCUGGAAGAAGAUUACUUUUUCAUUCGCUUCCGUGCUCAGCAUCGGGUCGAUCCUCCUGAUCGUCGUGGCUCUCUCCACAGAGAAGUGGGUGACCGGGAAGAUCCUGUGCAAAACUGGAGCAGAAUUGGUGAAUGCUUCAGAUCCGGAGCUGGUGAAAUUCAUCGGAGAUAUUUACUAUGGACUUUUCCAAGGUGGGAAAACCAGGCAGUGUGGCCUGGGAAGCCGAAGAUCCAAGAUCUACAUUUUCCCCAAACUUGUGAGGAGGCUGAACGGUGGGCUUCACGUGAUCAUCAUCCUGUUCCUCUUCAUUGCCAUCGGUUUCGCUUCAGUCAGUUUGGCCUUCUGCAUUUAUAAUGCCAGAAAAGUUCCCUAUCAGUCUAUAAAGGGGCCAACGGGACUGUACUUAUGGAACUUCAUCGCAGGUCUCUUUGGGGUUUUCGCCAUCAUCUGCUUCAUCGCAGCCAUGAAACACCACCGUCUCACUGAGAGGGUGGCCAACUUCCGAGAGGAAAUCUUCCAGUUUAUCGUCCUGGAGGAAGACUACGACUUCUCCUUCUGGCUGUGUGUGGCAAGCGCAGGAACACAUGGAGCUAACUUUAUCAUUGUGACCAUGAGUAAGAUCCACCUUCCAAAAAUACAGACCAAGAAGCCAGAGGAGCCCACAGCCAGAGCAGAGGACCUGCUGUACUGA